AUGUGGUUUUACUGGCUUCUCUUUGCAUGCAGUCUAGCCCAAGAGUCAAACUGGCCAGAUCUCUCUGACAGAGCCGACCUGGCCUUGCGUGCAGAAAGAGAUAUAGCCAUGGACAUCCCCAUCGAUCAACAUACACCGUUUGGCAUUUCGGCCAAUCGACUUAUAUUCGAUAUCCAGGGCUACUCGACCGACGCCUUGGGCACGCUAAGAACGGCUUUAAAUGUCGGCAUCGACGCUGUCAUGCUAGAUGUCUACUGGAAUGAGUACACGGGUAGGUGGCAGCUUUGUCCUGCUCCUAUACCCCAGAGUGCCACGAAUAAUCGAUCUGAAACGGUCCUGGUUUCCUGGAAAGGCAACACUUACAAGUGCCAGCCGAGCUUCGGCGAUCUGGACGUAUACACAACGCUAAGAGACUAUCUACGGCUGCUGAACACCAAUAGUCAGGCCAACGUGGUACAGUUGGUGUUGAACUUGAAGCUGAUACUUAACGACACGGUGGUCGUACGGCUGAAUCUGACAAACAGCACAUCUUUGGUCACCGGGCCAGCCCCCACGUCUAUUUCUCCCGGAAUGGUGGUCUAUCUGCCUGAGUAUAUGGAACUAGGAAACAGCUCUUUGUCUGAUCCGCUCCUGUCGCUCGGCUCGUUCUUAUUUUUGCCGACUGAUUUAGACAGGACCAGUCCGCUCAACUCGACGGUGGCCUACGAUGACGAGUACCCCUCGCAACAGGACUUCUUGUACUCCUUGUAUAAGCGUGCACUCGUCACUGCUGUCACUGACGAGUACCGCAAUUCCAGCAAUGGCUACAACGUGACGGUCUCCGACGCCAAAAAGAUCUUCUUCUACGGCCAGAACAACUUCACUCUGAGCCACACGGACGAAGACGUUCUUCAAGAAUGUUUCGAUCGACGUCUAAGGCCCUAUGAUCCAAACUACUACAACAACAGGGUUCUGGAAACCAGGUUCCGCAUGCUCAUAGACAGCAACAAUAACCGAUUCACCCCGGAAACUGCCCACCAGGCGCUUCAAUGCGGCUACAUGCCAGUCCUCAACGCAUCGGUUUAUCCUCUUUUAAACAGAACAAACCUCACGGGCGAGUACACCGGGCGUGUUCUCAAUAACUUUAGUCCAUUUGCAUACUGGGCCUGGGCGCCCUAUGAGCCCGACAGCACAUACAGCAACGUCACGAGGCUUUCUCUUGAUUUCAGCGAGAUGAGACCAAGAGAUGACGAUCACGACGACGAUGAUGACGAUUACGAUGUGGGUCACGAUGAUGACCCGGACUGGCAACAAACGGCAAUGUCACAAGUUGCAGAGAAGUGUGUGGUGAUGAAAAGAAAUGGCUGGGCUGUGGAGAAUUGCUACAACAAGUACCGUUUAGCAUGCAAGCACAAGAACAACGCUUUCGAAUGGACGCUCUCUCACGAGAUUUCCCUGUACUUCAGCACGAAUCAGGCGGACUGUCCAAAAAACUACAAGUUCGGCGUUCCCCAUCUGAGUACCGAGCAGCUUGCGCUACAGAACUUCCUAAACUCCUCCAGUGUGGUUUAUCCGGUGUGGAUCGACUUGAACGAUAUCACCAUCCUGGGCUGUUUUGUGGACGGAGGCCCUUACGCCCAAUGUCCAUAUAAGAGGGCCGUCACAACGAGUAACUUGAUUCGACUGGUAGCUCCAUCUGUGGUGGUGGCUGUUGUGAUUCUUAUAUUGAUUUUCUUUGAGCGUUUCUUCCUACUGACCCCAAUUCACACCAAUCGCCGUCGUCAUUGGAAAAGGACAAUCAACCAGCACUAUAAGAAGAACGACUACGAGGGUGUGCCUUCGUAG